AACAUGAGAAUAUCCUUAAGCCAAAGGAGAAUGAAUCCAUGCAAUUUGGCAAUAUUUUUUGCGUUGAGUAUUUAGUCCUUCAUUGUACUCCUUUAGAAAACGUAUUCUAGCGCGCUUAGCAAGUCAGCAAGCCAGAGAUGAACAACGUUAUUGCAUAAAGUGUAUACAAGUGUGAAAGAGAAAGGCAGAUAGAGAGAUGGAAAACAAAUGAUUUAAAGGAAUUUCAAAAAGAGAAAAAAAAUGGAAAAUAAAUAAUGAAAUUAAAUCCUCUGCAAAAGUAACCAAGUCAAGUUCCAUUAGGAACUUGAAAAGAAGUUAUAACGAAAUAAAAAAAAUAAAACAAAUUGUUUGUUCGUGUGCGUGUGUAAAAGAGAGUUGAAGUAAAGUCCUUAAACCCCACAUAAAACAUAAACAUCAGCAACACCAAUAACAGCAAGGGAAAUUAUAUAUAUCCUCGUCAUAACGAAGAAAGAAAAAAUCGAGUGUAUUAGUGCAAGUGUUUGUGCAGUUGAAUCUGUGUGCGUGUGUGUAUAUGCGUGCAUUAAUGGCAGAUAAUAAAUAAAGAAGAAAAGUAAGCCUAUAUUUUUCUGAAGCAAAAAAAAAAAAAUAAUAAUAAUAAAUAUUAUAAACAUAAAAGCCUGAGAAAGAAAGGCAAAAAAAAAAAAAAACAACAACAACAUAUGGCAGUCGCCAACAACAAAUAAAAUCAGUGCAAAUUAAAUUAACAAAUUCAAGGGAAAAAAUCCUUAGAAGGAAAUAAAUUGCCUCAUUGCCCUGAAAAUAAACGAAAAGAAAAACGUGUCGACGUCGCCCAAAGUUGUAACGGAAACGGAAACAAGUGUUAUCAAAUCAAUCGAGUUCGUAAACGAAACACAAAAAGCAACAACUAUAACAACAACAAUUAUUGUUAAAUAAUAAAAAAAUCUACUGUUUUUUGUGCUUAACAACCAGCUUUUAAUUGCCACAAAUGCGUUUGCAUGCCAAACUUUCGUUUUCAUUGAUCGAACACCAACCAAACAACCAACCAACCAACUCUAAAAAAUAACUAGAAACAGAAUUGAAUAGCAACAACAACAACAAGAAUAAACAACACACGGCCAAAAAAAUGUCGCCUUUAAAUCGCUUCAGCAAAUGUGAGAAUCCAUGUUAAUUACCUGUUCGUUUGUUCGAUUGUUUGAUUGAUUGAUUGCGUUACAUACCAACAUACAUACAUACAUCUGUAAUUUAGCGUUGUGUUUCAAGAGAGUUAUAAAAUCACAAGAAAAAAAACUGCAAAAAUAAAAAACUAAAACAAAAAAUAAGAGAAUAACAAUUUCUCAGUCAAAAAAAUAUUGAAUUUCCAAUUUUGAUGUUGUUUAAUUUUUUUGUUAUUGAAUAACUAACCAAGCAAGCAACCAACCAAACAACUAUACAUAUUUAUAUAUAUCCAUCAGAAAUACAUACAACAAUAAAAAUACAAGAAUAUACUACUACAACAAAUAAAACAAACAAACCAACCAACUAACAAAUCAAGCCAACCUACUACUAAAACAACUACAACAACAAUCCUUCACAUAUUCUUAACCAGGUUCAUGUUAUCCAGUACUCUUUAAGUUAAUUGACAACAAUAAUGGUCAGCUCAACAUUGACAACAAUUGCUGCUGCUCCGGGACAAACAACAAGUGGCAUUAACAAUUUGCAUUCAACAGCCUCCAGUGCAUCGCCCGAACGACGUUAUCACAAUACAAACGCUUCAGCCAACAACGCCAACACCUCCAACGUCAAUGAAGCCACAAAUCGUUCCCUAUAUUACCAAGCGAGUAGAACAUCAUCAUCGUCCGGCCAGAACACCUCAUCGACAACAUCGCCCAACAACAAAGCCAACUUGCGCUCAUAUUACUACAACAACAGUAAUCGCCUAAAUGCCAACAAUGAUGGCCACAACAAAUUGAAUGGCAACGAUAGCGACAACACAGCGGACUAUCAGCAACAGAACCACAGCCUAACAUUCUAUCAGAGAGAACAGCAGCAGCAGCAGCAGCUGCAUCAUCAUCAGAAAUAUUUGCUGAACGGCAAGGUGAAUGGUGAAACCACAAAAACCGAAACAGCCAACAACGCCGCCACAACGUUAGACUUGUCACAGGCUUUGGUAAGCAGCUCACCGCCAAUAAGCGAUCAAAUUUCACUGCUCUUCCCCAAGUGUAGACCAAAGUCAGCGGUUAGUCAACACCAGCAGCAGCAGCAGCAGCUACACCACAACCAAUCGUCGCUUUCCCCCAGCUCAUCAUUGGACCAGCCAACAAUAGAUGCUAAUUCAAACUGCGACAAAGAGGAUCAAUUGUCGAACUCAAAAACUCAAAAGCAUCAUUCCAGCAAAGUUCCUCUAGGGCAGACCAACAACAAAAGUGAAUCCGGAGAAAAUAGAGACAAAACUAGUCAUUAUUAUCGCAGUGUGAAUAUCAUAACUCAAUCGCCACCACCACACAGUGCUUCGUCAUUAUCGUCCGAAUCAUUGUCAUCGGUUACACCCAGAAUCUCCACAAAUCCAUUUCUCUGCAAUCAGCUGCUGGCGCCCGAAGAGGCCGAAGAGCCACAAAACACACAUCGCAAUCUCAUUGAAGACGACGACGACCACAAGUUGCGCCAGCCAAACGAUCACAACGAAGACGACGAGCUGCCCGUGCCCAUUACCGCACCCUUCUACUAUCACACCAGCACCACCAGUCCCAAGACCAAUACUCCACGAGAGAAGACUCAACGCCAGCAUAACGACACAGAGACGCGCGAAAUGCCGCGGAAACGCUCACAAUAUGAGCGGUAUCAUCACAUGAAUGGCCAAAACUACCCGAAUGCUGAGAAAUCUUACAGUCAUGGUGGGCCACCUGAGGCCAACCCAAAUCCCCAGCAGCAGCAGAAUGGUCAUCCGAAUCAAAAUCCCUUUGUAAAAGACAAUUAUUGGGAGAAUGCGAGGCAAACGUCGCAGCAACAGAGCAAUAACACUCCCACAAGUACGGUAUUGAAUUCACCCGAAUAUGCUGGGGGUAAUGGAGGCAAUGGCCUGCCAGAAAUGGAACAUGUUCGUUCUCAACAUCGCCGUUCCAUGUAUCAGCAGGACCAGACGGGCCAACAGACACCCCAACAGCAGCAGCAGCAGCAGCAACAUCCAACUCAAAACUCAUCCACAACCUACAUGAACACACGACAGCACAUACGUCUGGGACGCAGCCCCAACAGCGAGUCAACCUCCUAUUCGGAGGCAACACAAAAACGCAACAGCUACAAUUCAGCCCAAACACAGAAUGUAGCCCCACAACAUCAAAAUGUUGCCACAAAAUCCUAUGGAAAUUCUGAAACCACGGCUGGCAUGAAAACCCUAGCCCAACAUUAUUUGUAUGGCAGCAAGACAUCACUGCAGGAUCAUGGUUCGGCACACAGCGAUUGGUCGGAGAAACGGGACGCGCAUGAACGUUCCACCACCCUAAUGCGUGAGCGUGAACGGGAGCAGCGUGAACAACGCAGCAAAACUGAACGUUAUAUAAAUGCAGCGCUCGUCCGAGAAUCGGUGGGUGAACCCAAUUCACCGGCAACAUUGGAAUUGCGUGAACGUCGGGAACGUGAUCGUCAAUCGUAUCCACAGUCCCAGUCACAAAUGCAAAAAUAUCAGCAGCAGCAACAACAACAAAAAUCUUCACAUCAAUAUAAUCAUCAGCAGAGGUCGCAGCAACAACAGCAGCAGAUUCAACAGCAGCAGCAACAACAUAAUCAAUCACAUCGUCAAUUGGCCGAGGAUCGUUUGUCCAGCACCAAUGAAGUGAUAUUCGAUGAUAUAACCGAAAGUUGGCAGAAUUUACGUGUAACAACCGAUUCAUCAUCCCAAAUCAACCAGAAUCGCAAUUCAUUAUACGCCGGUGAGGUGAAAACCCAACAUCAUCAUGAUGCGCCGUCCAGCAACCAAAUGAUGGCCAUCAACACGACCACCAACACAACUGGUGGCGUAGUUGGCGGCGGCAUUACAUCGGUGUCAUCAUCGUCGUCCACACGUCUAUUGAACAGUGUUGUUGUGCCCAAGAAGUCCCACUUAGCGAUGACGACAACCGAUGCCAAAGACGACAAACAUCAGUCACACUCACAACCGCAUCAUGUUCCAACAUCCGUUGUUGUUGUCAACAACAGCGACCUAGAAUUGUCGUCAUCGUCCAACUCCUUCAAGGAUCACAAGAAAUAUUCAGAGAAAAAUCAUGGAAUUAGUGUAGAAUCACGUCAUGGCAUUAUCGAAUAUGAAGGUUCACCUCGACGCAUUGGACAAAUGGGCAACAAUAGCAACGACGAAGACCAUCAUCAGCAGCAGCAUCAACAGCAUCGGACAAAUAGCAGCGGCAACAAAAUCCAAGGGAAUGCCACAAAUAAAGCCAAUCAUCAGAGGGAUGGCAUUUCCAGCAGCAAUAACACCACUACAUCCACAACCGUUGUAGCUGUAGGUGCAGCGGCCAAUAUGUCAAAUAAUUCUCCAAAACAACAUUAUACAGCCAGACCAGGGUUUCCACAGCGUAUUAUCUCGCCACAACGUGAGACAACACCACCGAUUAUGCUGCUAAAUUACAAUGGCAAAAGUCAACAACAACAGCAGCAGCUGCAGCAACAACAACAACAGCAACACCAUCAACAACAACAAUUGAAUUCACAACAACAGUCUCCAACUAGAGACAACAAUGCCGAAGAUACCAGCAAUGAUGUAUCGGAAAUUGGCACAAUCUCUGACCUGACAACGCCAGAGGCUAUUAUCCAUCCAGCCGGCCCGGGCAUGCCAACUGGAAAUGGCAAUGGCAUCGCGUCUAUAUGCGACAGUCGUGCCACAACAUCACCAUCGCCGCCACUGCUUUCCACCUCCAAUCGGGAGAUGGAGACGGCGGGUGCAUCGAUAUCGGCAUCAGUCACUACAACAGCAACAGCAGCCCCAACUGCCACAACAUCAAUGACCGUUAGCUCCAAAUGUAGCACCCCCUCGACGCCACCCAACACGUCGGCAACAACAAUGACAUCGCUAAACAAUAUUGCCGCCGCAGCCGUUGCUGCCUCCUCCUCAACAUCGGCAAGUGGUGUCAAUGUAUCGACAGCAGCACCAGCACCAACAACCUCGUCCACACUGCUGCCAUCGAAUCUUGUCAGCAGUAAUCCCCUGACUAUACCGACCAAGUCAUCAACCUUUGAUUACCUCUACGAGUUCUCAGAAACACGCAAAGUGCUCGAAGAGUUUUUCAAGUGUCCCUCCAGCGAUGACAAGCCCAUCAUUGAGAAUAGCAGUGACGUUGAUAGCAUUGACAUACAAUAUGAAUUCCACAGCAAUCUGAAUCGCGGUGACAUUGAAGAGGAUGAGGGUGACGGAGAUAUUGAGGGAGAUGAUGACGACGAUGAAAUACAAUUGGAUGGUGACAAUGAUGAGGAUAUUGAUAACGAGGAUGCCGAUGAUGUUGAAACGCCCCAACACCAUCAGCCAUCCGUUCAACUGGGCCAGCAGCAUCAGUUACACCAGCAGCAGCAACAGCAAUACUCAAUGCAAACCCAAAACAACCAUCACGCCCUGAAUCAUCAUUCCAGUUUUCGCAAUCAUCUGCAGUCACCCACCCAAUUCACGUAUCGUCCCUAUAACGAAGAUGAAGAUGAUGACGACAUGGAUCUGGACAAUGAGGCCACCAGACACAAUGAAAUGCAACACCAUUACGAACAGCAGCAACAACAACAGCAUCACCAGCAGCAACAGCAGCUCGAACAACAAGAAAAUCAUCACAACUUCUCGUUGCUGAACAAUCGCCAUGCCAGCAACAGCAAUUCGCGCCAGCACAACUCGAGGCGUCACUUUACCGGCAGUCCAUUAAUGCGCGACUUUGAUUUCUUUUUGGACUCGGCCAGUCGCAGCAGCUGCGAACAAAUCGAUCAGCAAAUCGAUGGCAUCAAUCACAAUCAAAUGAAUGCCGCGAAUAGGCAAAAUUAUCGCUAUUCACCGGAGACAACGGAUUAUGAUUCCAAUUGUGGUGAUUUGGACAGUCUCUCGGGUGAAAUGAAUGGUGGCGUCUCGACAUCAUGUUCGAACUAUGCUAAAUACUAUGCAUCCAGCAUGCCGGUGCUGGAGGAUGGUCUAUCAUCGGGUCAUACAUCCGACACGGAAAACAAUAACCAAAAUAAUUUAUUGAAUCAACAGAAUUCCGGUAUUCAUCACACUCCGCUCGGCGGAGGCAUUUCCAUGUUGAUGGACAUGAAACGAGUUUCGACCAACAACAGCAUUAAUAGCAUGAAUAAUACAACAAUUUCGACAACAGAUGGCAUCAGUGGAGGCGGCAGUGUUGUCAAUGACAAACGUAACUCGUCAAUGUCGCCAAAUCUAUUACACGAUUCGUAUUUGCGUAAGAAUGAUAGUCCCAUCAAUGGUCUGAUGGUGGAUGAGGGUAUGCGAGAGACGUCAGCGAUUACAACAACCACGCUGCGAACCAAGAAUGAAAUCCGUGAUAGCAGAGAACGGGAGAUAAUUGGACAAAGUCCCAAUGGCAUAAGCAAUAAUAAGGUGUUCAAGAACAUUGAUCCGGAUCUUGAUUCGCUUUAUUCGAUAAGUGUUUUCCAUCGCAAUGACAUGGUGCAAAUGACACCACCACCCCCAGCUCCGGCUCCACAUCGCAAACCCAAUGUUCUGUCGGCGGAGCCAGAUAUUUUACAACCCACACCAUAUAGGGAUGUGCGUUCAGGUGGUUCCCCUACCAAGGCCAACAACACUAGCAACACCAACACCACCACAACAACAUCGGCCUUGAACAAUGGCAGCAGCAGCAGCAGUGGUGGUGUUGCAAUGCAAUCGAAUACCUCGCCGACCCAACAAGCAGCUCAAAGUAUAAAACGUACAGCACAACCGCAGCCGCCGCAGCAGCAGCAGCAACAACAACAGCCACCACCAUUGCCAGAACGUAAUGCACCGGCACGUUCUCCAUCGCCUGUGAUGAACUCUCCAGUCUGGUUGACACGCCACCUGGAGGUGAGCUCUCAAAAGGGUUUGCUCGAAUCGCCCUCGGCUAAUCACUCAAAAAAUCUAAGUGCCGAUGAAGAUGAUGUGGACACCGACCUGGAGACCGAUCGCCUACUGGGCCAUCAGCGUCUCGAUGACCAGGGCUAUUACGAUGAAAACAAGACAUGGGAUCGCAAACCGGCCAGAUCUCUGCUCUCGAAAAUCUCUCCCAAACAGGUGCCAAGCACCAAAACACGUAACGGUUACAAUGCCUUGCUAUCCUCAACACCGGAAAUCCCACCGCCAGUACCGCCGAAAAACUCCUCCAACAAAUUGCUGGACAUUGGCGGUUCCAUGUCAUCGCCGGAACACAGCGACAAAUCGCCCAUCAAAUCAAUCGACAUUCAGGAUUGUGGCCUGACUCUGGGUUCGCCGGGCGGUUCAGAAGGUUCCGGUUGCAUGAAAAAGGACAUUGACAAUGGUCUGGGUGGUGGCCAGGCGACAAGUGGCAACAGCAGCACGGCAAGCGGCAACAUUGUCAACAGCGGAACGGGCAAUGCUGGAGGCACUGGCAGCAGUGUCGGUUCGACGGGCAGUACCACAGGCGAGAAAAAAGUUAAAAAGAGUAAGAACAAAGAAGGCGGUGCAGUGCUAAUCGAAGGUGUCCUAUUCCGAGCCAAAUAUCUCGGCUCUACCCAAUUGGUAUGCGAGGGUCAACCCACAAAAUCCACACGUAUGAUGCAAGCCGAGGAAGCAGUCUCAAGGAUAAAGGCUCCCGAUGGCGAUGUACAACCCAGCACCGAGGUGGAUCUAUUCAUAUCCACCGAAAAGAUAAUGGUCCUGAACACCGACCUCAAGGAGAUCAUGAUGGAUCAUGCACUGCGCACAAUUUCCUAUAUCGCCGACAUUGGAGAUUUAGUCGUAUUAAUGGCCCGCCGCAGAUUUGUGCCUCAGGACAUCGAUGAUGCCCCCAAACCGAAUCGAACACCCAAAAUGAUUUGUCACGUCUUCGAGAGUGACGAAGCCCAAUUCAUAGCCCAGUCGAUUGGGCAAGCCUUCCAGGUGGCCUACAUGGAGUUCCUUAAAGCGAAUGGAAUUGAAGAUCAUCGUUUUGUUAAGGAAAUGGACUACCAGGAGGUGUUGAAUAGUCAAGAGAUAUUCGGUGAUGAAUUGGAGAUCUUUGCCAAGAAGGAACUGCAAAAAGAGGUGGUGGUGCCCAAGGCAAAGGGCGAGAUACUGGGUGUGGUCAUUGUCGAGUCGGGUUGGGGCUCAAUGCUGCCGACGGUGGUUAUAGCGAAUCUAAUGUCCUCGGGUGCAGCGGCUCGUUGCGGCCAAUUGAAUAUUGGCGAUCAGCUGAUUGCCAUCAAUGGCUUGAGUUUGGUCGGCUUGCCGCUGUCCACAUGCCAGACAUAUAUCAAAAAUACCAAAAAUCAGACUGUAGUCAAAUUCACCGUGGUGCCCUGUCCCCCCGUGGUGGAGGUGAAAAUCAAGAGACCCGAAACUAAAUAUCAGCUUGGUUUCAGUGUACAAAAUGGUGUGAUUUGUAGUUUAUUAAGAGGCGGCAUAGCUGAAAGAGGUGGCGUGAGAGUGGGCCAUCGUAUUAUUGAAAUUAACAACCAAAGUGUGGUGGCAGUACCUCAUGAGAAAAUUGUAAAUCUUUUGGCCACUUCUGUUGGUGAGAUUCUAAUGAAAACAAUGCCUACAUCAAUGUUCCGCCUGUUAACCGGUCAGGAGAAUCCAAUUUAUAUAUAAAUAAGAUGAAAUUUAAGAAUAUAUAACAAAUUAAAUAAUUAACUUUAAGAAAACAAAGAAAUAUAUAACCACAAACCAAAAAAAAAAACAAAUAAAAAUAAUAAAUAAAACGAAAAUACCAAAAAAUAAUAACAAACCAAAAGCGUAAAACACACACACAAAAACAAAUGUAUCUCGAAUCUAUAACUAGUCUAACAAAAAACAAAAAAAAAAACAAAUAAAUAUAAUUUAUAUUUUAUUAACAACAAAACCUAUAGUAACUGUCUUUAAAAAAACAACAAAUAUUUAUAAUUUGCUAAAACAAAACUUUCUUUCUUUAGAAGACAAACAAAAUAUAUAAAAAUUCAUAAAACAAAAAUGAAAUAAUAAUUGUAAAUCUAAAAAAAAAACAAAUAUGAGACAAAAUUAUAUAAGAUUUAUUUAUUAUAAUAAUAUAUAUACAAAAAAAAAACAAAACAAAUUAUAAAUAUAUAUAAAUAAUUAUAUACUAUAUAUACAUAUUGAACAAAAAAAUAAAUAAAUGAAGAAAAAAGAAUAAUAAACUGUUAACUAUUAAAAAAAAUGAAUUGAUUGAAAUCAAUAGCAGAUUGAAAAUUGAAAAACAAAAGAAGACAUUUAGUAUUAUCUUUAAAAAAUGAAUUGCAAACAUUAAACUAAGCGUAACGUGUAUUUUUGCGAAACAAAAAAACUCUAUCUCCUUCUCUCUUUCUAUUUAUCUUUGUAUUGUCAUUUAUUUAUGAACAAAUCGUAUAUUCUUGUGUUUGAAAACCACCAAAACAAAUAUGUAUUUAUUCCAAAUUAUAAGUAUAUUUAAAAAAAAAUAUUUACUCUAAACAUAUAUGUACGGGGUGAACUCGGAAUGUGUGCAUACAAAUGAAGUGCAUGAAAAAUCAGGAGUCCUCCUCAGGAAAAUGUAGCUGAGUUUGGGAUAUCUGCUAUAGCAGUUGUAAAUGUGUAUAGUAUUGUGAUUUGGCUUUAUUAAUAUAUAACGAUUUCACAAUGUUUUAAAAAUUUGAACGUGAGAGAGAAAAUUCUCUUAGAACAUGUUAUAGAGUAAUUUUUGAUUGGGAAGCUAUCCCGCACACCUAAAAUAUAAUUAGAGGCAUAAAUUUAACCAAUUACCAUAAUUUCUUAUGAGGCAAAUUGCUUACAAAAGCUUUGCUGAGGAGUCUGCAAGAUAUUUUACUUUUAUCGCUUUUUCUAGAAGCUGUCAAUAUUUCAAAAAAAGCUUAAAAAUAUUGGGGGCAAACUUAAAAGAUAACAUGCAACAAUGUUGGUCUGUGGCGCUCCUUUUAAAAAGCUAAGGGUUUUUGUAACAGGUGUUAAUCUUCACUGAACGAGACUCCGAACUCAUACAUUGAAAAGCCAAUACACCGAAAACGAGUCACUGUUUGGUGCGUAUUAUGGCCAAGAGCCGUAAUUGAGUAUUUUUAUUUUUUAUACCCUACACCACAAGGUGGUCAGGGUAUUAUGUCUUUGUGCAUUUGUUUGUUCAAAGUUUUGAAUAAUUACAUCUCUGAUAGAAUGCGAAAUAGCCAUCAGAUUAAAUGUCAGUGAAUAUGGUAGAUAUCGGCCCACCUAAGGGUGGUAUUCAAACUUGGUAUAUCUCAAUAUUUCUCUCAACUAGAGAUCUGACUUGAAUAUGGUAUUUACGGGCUUUUGUGAUAAGUUCAAAUAUAUUUUAGUAAAAUGAGAGUAUACAUCUGCGUCUGCAAUAUCGACUGAUUAAUUUUAACUUAUUAUUCCAAAUGUUAACCCUUUGUGCGUGUCAAGUACCUGAUGGAGUGGGCGGAUAUUGUUCGUUUUUGCACCUAACCUAGCAUUGAGAAAAUAUAUUGAGAUUGGCAAAGCUUUUUUGGGGGAGGCUCCAGAAGGAGUGAACCAGUGUUGCCCAUCUCCGAACUAGCAUUAAAUCGGAUAUACCCUUCGAGAGACAGACAGACAGACGGACAUCUCUAGAUCGACUCCAAAUGUCCUGAAACGGAUUUUGUCCAAAGCGUCCAAAGCCAAGAGUAAGAGCCGAGUUUACCUCCUGUGCGAACUUUUUAAAGGGUUCUUACAUAAAACCUGUCGAAAAAAUCUGUUAGUUUCAUGAAAACCAAUUUAACUCGACUUUGGGGAACUGCCUCAUUUUCCAUUUUCGGUUGCCUUGGAAAAACCCACUUUUAACGUUUUUUUUAUACCCUACACCACAUAGUGGUAAAGGUAUUAUAUCUUUGUGCAUUUGUUUGUAACAUGGAGAAGGAAGCGAGAUAGACCCAUAGUUACUUUUGAGGAUCUCCAUAGAAUCACUUUCUGAGUUGAUUUAUGCAUGUCAGUUCGUCUGUCCAUGUAUUCUUGUGAACAAAAUUCAGGUCGCAUUCAUUAUCCGAUUGAGAUGAAAUUUUCCAAACAACAUUUUUUUGGCCCAAGUACGAACCCUAUUGAAAUUGGAGAUAAUCGGUAAAAAUUUUGAUAUAGCUCCCAUAUAUAUCUUCGUCCGAUUUUCCUUUUAUUGAGCACCAAACGUGUAAUAUCAGCCCGAAUAGUAUGGAAUUUUGCACAUGCAGCCAAAUUAGUCCUGAAAAUAAGUAUGCCAAAUUUGAUCGAAAUCGGUUCAGAUAUAGCUGUAGCUCCCAUAUAUAUUGUUCAUCCGAUUUGUUAUUUUGUCCUCCGCAGCCGUAAUAUGCUCUGUAACAACAAUAUUUGGGAAAAUAUAUCAAAUGCAGCUCAGAAAUACCUUUGCUAAAUUUUAUCGAGAUCGGUUCAGAUUUGGAUAUAGCUCCCAUAUAUAACUUCGUCCGAUUUACUUUUAUUGUACACCAAACGUCUAAUAUUUGCCAAAUGAGAUGGAAUUGGCACAUGCGACCGAAUUGAGUCUAGAAGCUAGUAUGCCAAAUUUGGAGAAGCUAUAUAGCUCCCAUAUAAAUUGUUCAUCCGAUUUGUUGUAUUUGUUACCCACAGCCGUAAUAUGCACCCCAUAACAACGUUAUUCAGGGAAAUAUAUCAAAUACAA